CAGACCACCCGUCGUCUGUCUCGCCGGCUCGCCGCCUCCUAAACCCCCGCCUCCCCUCUCUCCCCCCGGCCGCCUCUCCCUUCCGCCCCGGCGCCAUGUCGGUGACGCUGCACACGAACCUGGGCGACAUCAAGUGCGAGGUGUUCUGCGACCAGGUGCCCCGCACGGCGGAGAACUUCCUGGCGCUCUGCGCCAGCGGCUACUACGACGGCACCGUCUUCCACCGCAACAUCAAGGGCUUCAUGAUCCAGGGCGGCGACCCCACCGGCACCGGCAAGGGCGGCACCUCCAUCUGGGGCACCAAGUUCGCCGACGAGUUCAGGGAGUCCCUCAAGCACAACGCGAGGGGGAUCAUGUCGAUGGCCAACAGCGGGCCCAACACCAACGGCAGCCAGUUCUUCAUCACCUACGCCAAGCAGCCGCACCUCAACGGCCACUACACCGUCUUCGCCAAGGUCAUCCAUGGCUUCGAGGUCCUCGACCUCAUGGAGAAGGCGCAGACCGGCCCAGGGGACAGGCCGCUCGCCGAGAUCAGGCUCAACCGCGUCACCAUCCACGCAAACCCGCUCGCCGGCUGAUCCACCACCAGGACCAGGACCUCAUCCUGGCAUCCUGCAUCUUGGCUGCAGCAAUUUCUUGCCCAGCCUGAAUUGUGAAUUGGGAUGUGGACUGUAAUUUCACAGGACGAAUCAUCAAAACCUGUAGCGCCUAACUCUGAUGAUGCUGUGACCUGUAACUUAUGUUUGCAUUGGUUAGACUCCUCAAAAACUUAGCUCUCGUGUUAUGCUGUUUGAGGAAAUCGAAUAGUGUGCUUCCAAGCCAUGGCCUGAAUGUUAUAGCAAGACAUAAGUUGGUGCCUGUA